AUGGCAAAAGGCAAUUAUUCAGCAGUGUCUGAGUUUAUCCUCUUGGGACUCACAGACAAUCCAGAGCUUCAAGCCGUUUUCUUUGGUGUAUUUCUAGUAAUCUACGUAGCUAGUGUCACGGGUAAUCUUGGUCUGAUUGUGCUAAUACGUAUCAGUCCUCAGCUUCACACACCCAUGUAUUUUUUUCUCAGCCACCUGGCUUUUGUUGAUUUCUCUUUUACUUCAUCUGUCACCCCAAACACCUUGGGGAAUUUCCUGUGUGAAGUUCAAAGCAUAACAUUUUAUGCAUGUGCCGUUCAGGUGUGCUGCUUCAUCACAUUUGUAGUGUGCGAACAGUAUUUGCUCUCAGUCAUGGCCUAUGAUAGGUACGUGGCCAUCUGCAACCCUUUACUCUAUGUCAUUCUCAUGCCUAAAAAUCUCUGCAAUCGAAUAGUUGCUAGCACAUAUGUUUAUGGAUGCAUCGUGGGUCUGGUACAGACAGUGGCAACAUUCCACUUAUCUUUUUGUGGCUCCAACAGGAUCAACCACUUCUACUGUGAUGAUGUUCCCUUGGUUGCUCUGGCCUGCUCGGACACUCAAGUCAAAGAGCUGCUGCUGUUAACCAUCGCUGGGUUCAAUACCCUUUGCUCUCUACUGAUUGUCAUCAUUUCCUACGGCUUCAUCCUCUUUGCCAUCCUGAGGAUCCGUUCGGCUGAAGGAAGACAGAAAGCCUUUUCCACCUGUGCUUCCCACUUGACCUCCAUCACCAUGUUCUAUGGGACAGUCAUUUUUAUGUAUCUCCUGCCCAAGUCAAGCCAUUCUCUGAACACGGAUAAAUUUGCUUCCGUGUUUUAUGUGGUAGUAAUUCCUAUGUUAAACCCGUUGAUCUAUAGCUUGAGAAAUCAGGAGGUAAAAAAUGCACUGAAGAAAGCCUUGGAAAAAGCUUACAAAACUUUAAAGAUAUUAAAAUUAAGAAAAUAA